AUGGACGACGUCAGCAUCCAGAAAGCUCCAGCACCUUGGAGAUGCACUGCUCAAGUUUAUGCAGCUUACUUUUACUCCAGCCCGAAAAGCAAGACUGCGGACGAGAUGGGUACAAUCGCAUACUCACCUCUUGAGAAGGAAGCACAUUUCGCUUCCUCUGAGGCCGGUCGUUUCGCGGGAGGAGUGGGUAGCUUCAUGCUCGUCCGGUAUUCAGACACCCCAGUGGGGCCCUACGACGAGUUGGUUAUUAUACCGGGCGCCUACACAUACCGUGUGCAGGACGAGAAGGGAAAAUGGGUAGAAAAGAAGAAUCCAAGGGUCACGAGGACUUAUGUAUCGCAGAAACAUACCUUGUUCAAUGGGAGGCACAACUGGAAUAUCCCGAAGCAUCUAGCCCGCUUCGACUGGAAAGAUCUACCCAACGGGGCAAAACAGUGCAAAGUCUACCCUCACGACACCAUCGGCGACGAGGCUGAGGCAUCAGCCAGCACCACCCCUUUCUUCCAAGCAUCCUUCAAGACUAUCCCAUAUGUUCCCGCUUUCCCGAUGUCGACCAAGUGGUUCAAGUACCUCGGCGUGGACACUGCUCUCGUUCAGCCCCCAGUGCCACAAGGAAAACCAGCCGAGGUCGUCGGAACAGAGCAGUGGUGCAAGUGUGCCAUGGCGCAAGCCGCAUCGCGAACGCAUGUCGGCUGGAUGGACCUCAGCCAGAGGGACGAUGAUGGGAAGUUGACGGGCUUAUUUGAGAACUUCUGGCCGGGCAUGGGGAGGUGGCAGCUCGGUGUAAGGAUGGACAACGCGGAUUUGGACAUUCCGGAGGGGCAGUACUGGCGCGUCCCAAGGGCCAACCUUUGA